AGCUUUUUCGUACACAGACUAAAUUUGCGCAACGUGAAAAUAUGUCAUCUAACAUCCAAAAUAGUGGGUCCAAACAAAAAGUUUUAGAACCAGAGAAAGAUAAAAUGAAAAUAUAUGUGAUGCCUACUGAGGGAGCAGAGGAGGAUGAAACAUGUCAGACUUUUGUUCUGAACAACGAAGAUCACACACUCGGAAAUUCCUUGAGAUACAUGAUCAUGAAAAACCCAGAUACACAGUUUUGUGGGUACAGUAUCCCUCAUCCAUCUGAGGAAAAGAUUAAUUUUAGAAUACAAACAUAUGGAAAGCCAUCAAUAGAUGUUUUAAGAAAAGGACUUAAGGAUCUAAACACUGUAUGUGAACAUGUGCUAAGAACAUUUGAGACUAGCAUUAAUGAACACAAAAGGAGAAACCAGUCGGAUAUUGAAGCUAUGGACCAGUCAACCGGAUGAUCAGAACCCGUAAACCAGUCUAAUAAAGGUUCCAGUCUACCAGAAUAUAAAAAAGGAACAUUGAAUUGAAAAUGUGACCAGUCUUUGAAAAGAACACUUCCUGUCAUUACAGGGGAAAUGAGGAAUUGCCUGAUUUAAAAAAAAAACAGUUCUAAACUUCACACAGAUGAAUCUUGAAUGUAAAUGAUAAUAAUCCAUGCAGAGCAUGUUGGUUAAUCUGCAUGACAUCUUUAUUAUCAUUGACUUAAUGCUAUAUUCAAGUGUUGAGCCA